AUUGACGUGUCUAAAUAAAGAAGUUAUACGUGUCUAACUAAUCAACACCACGUACGCUUUUAAAUUGGUGCAAAAGCUUUUUUUUUCAGAUAUUGAAUUGGAAUACAUCAUAUUUGAGUAUAUAAAUGAAAUUUACUAACAUAUGAUGAGGUAUAAUUCAUACAAGCACAUUGAGGUGAUAAGAUUGUUGUCAGUUGCUUUUACUCUCCUGAUGAUUCUUUACUAAUUCAGUUGACCAAACAACAAUGUCUUUAAUAUUGCACCAAAACAUUCCCGUCAGCAUGAAUUUCAGAUGGCCAAAUUAUAUCUGUGCAAAAUCCACAUGCCCAGUUACUUUCUCCUAUACAAAUGAACAUACAAAAAAUAGUAAACGCCGCCGCAUCAGUCUUCAAAAAUCAGGCCAAACUCAUCUGGCUGGUAAUGAAAAAAUCCAACCCAAAACCAAACUCGAAGCACUUGAAACUGUCAUCACUAAAUUAGAACUCACCGUGAAAAAUGGCACUGAUAUUUACGACCCACAAAUCUUUGCUUCCCUUUUAGAAACAUGCUUUCAAUUGCAAGCAAUUGAUCACGGUAUCCGUGUUCAUCACCUCAUUCCUGAGAAACUUUUACGUAAGAACGUCGGCAUUUCAUCGAAGCUGAUUAGACUUUAUGCAUUCAGUGGACAGACUCAGAAAGCCCAUCAACUGUUCGAUAAAAUGCCUAAGAGAAAUGCGUCGGCAUUUCCUUGGAAUUCGAUUAUUUCAGGAUAUGCUGAGAAGGGUAUGUUUGAAGAUGCGUUAGCUAUGUAUUUUCAAAUGGUGGAAGGGGGUGUGGAGCCCGAUUGUUACACUUUCCCGCGUGCAUUGAAGGCUUGUGGAGGUGUUGGGUUGAUUCAUGUAGGAGAGGAAGUUCAUCGACACGUGAUUCGUAGUGGUUUUGGAAGUAAUGGGUUUAUUCUAAAUGCACUUGUUGAUAUGUAUUCAAAAUGUGGUGAUAUUGUUAAGGCUCGAAAGCUCUUUGAUCAAAUUGGGACAAAGGAUUUGGUUUCGUGGAAUUCAAUGCUCAUUGGAUACAUGAGGCACGAGCUCAUAACUAAGGCGUUAAACUUGUUUCGUCUUAUGAUACGUGAUGGAACAGAACCUGACUCUGUAUCUAUAUCAGUAUUACUUGCGGCUAGAUUACCUUUCUCAAUUGGGAAGCAAAUUCAUGGAUGGGUUCUUCGUCGAGGGGCUAAUCAAGAAUUGUCCAUUGUUAACUCAUUGGUCGAUUUCUAUGCAGACCAACAAAAGCUGAAGCAAGUGAGAUGGUUGUUUGAACAUAUGCAUGAACGAGAUGUCAUAUCGUGGAAUUCAGUCAUUUCAGCUCACUCUAAGCAUCCUGAAGCCCUGCUGUACUUUGAGGAGCUGGUGAAAUCUGGUGACCUACCAGAUAGUGUCACAUUUGUGUCGUUGUUGUCGACGUGUGCUCAUUUAGGGAAACUAGAGGACGCGGAGAGGUUGUUUAGAAUUAUGAAGGAGAGGUAUGAUAUUAGCCCAAGGAUGGAACAUUAUGGUUGUAUGGUGAAUCUAUAUGGGAGACUAGGAUUUAUAGACAAAGCUUUUGAUUUUGUAAUGAAGAGAAUGGAAUCCGAAGCUGGACCAACAGUUUGGGGUGCACUGUUAUAUGCUUGCUACAGACAUGGUAAUGUCAAAAUAGGAGAGGUAGCGGCGCAACAUUUGUUCGAGUUGGAGCCAGAUAAUGAGCAUAAUUUUGAGCUUUUGAUGAAAAUUUAUAAGAAUGCUGGUCUAAUAGAGGAUGUAAAGAGAAUAAAGAUAAUGAUGGUAGAACGAGGAUUAGAUACUUCAAUACCAUACAAAAGUCGUUGAAGUUUCUUAGAACGACAUUUUGCCAAUGAUUUUGCAGUACAUCAAGGGAGGAGAGUGUGAAUUAAUAACUUUAAGGUAAAUAGAUACUUUGGGAUGGUGAAAUUGAGUGAUAUAUGGAUGAAUGAAAACAUCAGGUGAAGAUUCGUUAGAAAACUGUUUGAAGAGAUGAAAUACAUCUGAGUUUCAUAGAAGCACAGUUGAAAUUUCUAGCUUAAUCUUAUCUAGACUACGAAAAUAGCUAUCAUCCAAAAUGUUAAAUUUCUUAUAAAUGUACUUUUCUUCUCAUCUUCCCCUGUGCUAAAGAUGAAGUGAGGAUUAUUUACGUGCAAAGGAGAAGUCCGGUGCACAAAGCAUCCAGCGCUAGUAGGUUCCGGUGCAUAAUUUACCUGCCCUGACUAGUUCAAUUGCAUUGACGUUUCAGGAUUUGGAAAAAAGUAUUAUCCUCUAAUAGUGCUCCAAUGUAUUGUCUUGGUAGUAGAACUGACAGGGAAUUUCAUCGCCUCCUUUGAAUCAGAACUUUUAUCAUUUAUCGCUACUUGCCUACUUGGCUAUGCACUCUCUUUCUAUACAUAUUUACAUUCUGA